CUAACAGCUGAUUACGGGGGUUGAUGGCCACAGCCACACAGGUUACCAGGAGGUGCACAUCAGCAGUUCAGUGGCAGCCAUCAGCAGAUAAAGUGAACAUGCCUCUAAUGAGAGAGCUGCGCAAGAAGGCAGACGACAUCCAUGCUGUAUAUGAGCUGAAGGAGAAACUGGGAGAAGGCUCAUUCUCUGAGGUGAGAGUGGCCCAACACCGCCGCACACACAAGCUUGUAGCAGUGAAGUGCAUCCGCAAAAAGGCCCUGAAGGGCAAAGAGUCCAUGCUGGACAAUGAGAUUGCUAUAUUACGCCGAAUCAAGCAUGGAAAUAUCAUUUCCCUAGAGGAGACGUUUGAGACGCCUACAAAACUGUAUUUGGUAAUGACACUAGUGACUGGAGGUGAGCUGCUGGACCGAAUUCUGGAGCAAGGCAGCUACACGGAGAAGGAUGCCAGCCGCGUCAUCCUGCAAAUUCUGGAAGCCGUCAAGUACCUCCAUCAGCUGGGCAUUGUGCACAGGGACCUGAAGCCAGAGAACCUGCUAUAUGAAACUCCAUUACACGAUUCCAAGAUUGUCCUGAGUGAUUUCGGGCUGUCUAAAAUAGCAGAUCAGAGUGUCUUGUCCACUGCUUGUGGAACACCUGCUUAUGUUGCUCCUGAGCUUCUACAAGAGAAGACAUAUGGUAAAGAAGUAGACUUGUGGGCCGUGGGAGUGAUUUCGUUUAUUAUGCUGUGUGGUUAUCCUCCAUUCUAUGAUGAUAAUGAUACUGAGCUCUACAAACAGAUCAUAAAGGCAGAGUUUGAGUUCGACUCACCAUAUUGGGAUGACAUCUCACAUUCAGCCAAAGAUUUCAUUGUCCACUUACUGCAGAAAGAUCCAAAGCGGAGGUUCAAUUGCGAGCAGGCCUUGCAGCAUCCUUGGAUUUCAGGUGGAGCAGCUCUGGAAAAAAACAUACAUGGUUCUGUCUCCGAGCAAAUCCAGAAGAACUUUGCAAAGAGCCAGUGGAAGAGAGCCUUUAAUGCCACCAUAGUGGUGCAUCACCUCAGGAAGAAGGCCCAUACGAGUGAGGAGGAAGAGCGAGAUACAUCCACAGGAACAGAGACCUCAUGAAAUCCAACUGGCAGAGGACCAGAAGUCAACACUCACGUACGUCUGAGUGAGCAUUUGUCAAAGCAGACCCUGCAUUCUGAACUGCUGAUGUCGGCUCUAUGUGCUGCUUUAUCUAAUAUGAACCAGUAUUAC